CUCGAUUUAUACAUUUAACUACAAUUCACAUUUAACUAGAAACAUCAGUAAUGGAAAACUAAAUGUACCUCCUUAUAAAACUUUGAGGUAUGGUAAGUAUUCAAUUACACAUCAGUGCAUCAGUGAUUGGAAUCGAAGUCUUGUGUGCAUUGUGAAUGAGUUUGAAAAGAAUAACCAUUCUUGUUUUGGCGAUGACAAUAAAAACAUUGUGGAUGUUGCUUUAAUCAGAGAAAAAAAUAAUAUUGAAUAUAGUAAAUUUCAUGAGUAUGCACCAUUAACUGACACUCUAACUGCACCUUCUAAAAAUCUAAUCAAAGAUUUGUUUAAUGGAAGCAAAGACAAUUCAGAUAAAAAAGGCAAAAGAGCUAGAAGAUAUGUUCUUCAAGGAGACAAAUGGAAUAAAACUAAUAUUACUUGGAGACUUUGGAAUAUUAAUAAUAAAAGCUUAACACGCAAUGAUGCAGAAAAUACACUACAAAAAGCUUUUAAUCUAUGGGAAGAUUAUUCGAACUUAAAAUUUCAAAAACUUAAUUUAAGUUUAAAAAGUGAAGCAGACAUAGAGAUAAAGUUUGUAGAAAAGGAACAUGGUGAUUAUCAGUUUAAAGAACUGAACUAUCAAAACUAUGCACAUUCAUUUUAUCCUAAGGAGGGCAAAGAGAAUUCAGGUGAUAUUCAUUUAAAUAAUGAAUAUAAUUUCACUACAGAUUUGUUAUUUCGUGUUGCUGUUCAUAAAAUUGGACACAGUUUAGGUUUGGCUCACACAACUGUCUUGGAUGCAGUCAUGAAUAUAGACUUUAUUCAAAAAAAUAUAACCAGGUUUAGCAAUGAUGAUAUCUUAGGAAUAAAGGCUUUAUAUGGUGUGAAAUCUAAAUACAUAAAAAAAAAUAAUGAAGAUACAAUACCGUUGUUGUCGUCAUUAACUUUUGGUUUACCAAAUAAUCCUAGGCCUGGGAAAUGUCAUGAUAUUGUUGCAGAUUUAGGAAGAUGCCGAAUGGCUGAUAUAAAUAUUUGCAAGGAUGAUUCCCAUUGCGUUAAAACAGAUGAAAAGUGUUGUAGAGAUGGAUGUAGACUUGUUUGCACUAAAAAUUUUAAAAAAGAUUUUCCUGUAAUAAUGCAAAAAGGCAAACAGCAUAUUAUUGUUGCAGCAGUAUUGAUUCCUCUUUUAGUUGUUUUUGUUGUUGCUGCUGUUGCAAUCAUAAAAAAAAGAAGAAAUCUAAAAUCUCACCAACUGCUUCAUCCUUACAAGAAGAAGAAUGGUGUUGAAAAAUUAUUAAAGAAAAAUUGGGAGAUUUUUCCUGAAAACAUCACAAUUGGCAACCCAAUUGGUAAGGGGGCGUUUGGUACUGUCUGCAUAGGAAAAAUUAACUCUUUUGUUUUUUCAAAAGGAAAUAAUCCUAAUAAAAAGUUUCUUGAUUUCAAGAAUGAAUCAAAUGAAUCAACUACAAAUGUUGCAGUGAAACUUUUAAAAAAUAAUGCAAGUCAAUCAGAAUUUAAUGAUUUUAUUGAAGAAAUUAAUUUAAUGAAAGAAAUUGGAUUCCAUAAGAAUGUUGUUAACAUGAUCGGUUAUUCUACAGUUAAAAAACCCUAUUUUAUAGUUUUUGAGUUUAUGGAAAAUGGAGAUUUGUUGCAUUUCUUGAGAAAUAGACGGAAAAAACUUAUUGCAUCAAAAGUUCAUGGAGAGUUAUCUAAAAAUUUUGUAUACCGUGAAAGCUACCAACAAUCUCUUGAGAAAAAGAUAAAUGAAAGUUGUACCCCUGGGUUGUUAUCAUUUGAUAAUAAUGAAGAUAAGAAUGAAUGGAUAACACCUGAUGAUCUUCUUUAUUUUGCCUGGCAAGUGGCAUCUGGAAUGGAAUAUCUUUCAAAUAAAAAGUUAGUUCAUCGAGAUCUGGCAGCAAGAAAUAUUUUGGUAGGAGAUGAGAAAAACGUUAAAAUAUCAGAUUUUGGUUUAUCUCGAAAAAUCAAUAAUGAAUUAAUUUACAUCACAGAAAAACAUUUUCGUUUACCAAUCAAGUGGAUGUCAAUUGAAGCUAUAAAUGACCAAAUGUUCACAACAUUUAGUGAUGUGUGGGCAUAUGGUGUUGUUUUAUUUGAACUUGUUACCUUGGGAGGGACACCUUAUCCAACAAUAAAUAAUUCUGAUCUUUUCACCCUUUUAUGCUCUGGUUACAGAAUGGAAAGACCAGCAAAUUGUUCGCAAUCUAUGUAUGAUAUCAUGUUGCAAUGCUGGAAUGAAGAACCUUUGCAGCGACCUAGCUUUACUGAAUUACGUGAACGUUUUGAUAAAAUACUAUCUGAAGCUAUUCCAUAUUUCAGCUUUGAUAUAGACGAAACAAAUCUAUAUUACAGCUCUGCCUCCUUUAAAAGUGUACCGUUAGAAACAAAUGAUACCCAAGUAAAAAAAUGAUCUUCUAAAAAUUGUGCUCCUAGAAUUAAUUAGUAGUAAUUAUAAUAAAAAUAAUUUUUUAUUAAGGAUGGAAUGAAUAAUUUGUAUCACUCAUUUUCUAGAUUUUUUUUUUUUAACUAUUUUUUAUAUAUUUUAAAACCGUUUUAA